UGCCCUUACUCGCAAAACUCCGUCACUACCGCUUGGGAUGGUGGGCCCCACAUGGAUGUCAUGCCGCCAAAUGCCGCCGUCCGACGAAGAAACCGCGCCCGACGGCUUUCUUCGGCUGACCCUUUCGAUGCUCACCGCUUCAACAGCCUGUUCUAUAAACGAGAGAGAGAGAGAGAGAGAGAGGAUUCUUAGGCUUCUUCGAGUCUUUAGAGGCGGACCAGCUGGUGAUCGCCAUUUCAACAUCGUUCUUUCGAUCUGAGUUUGGUCGAUUUGAGGGAAUCGGUUCUGAUCGAUUGGUUUAAAAAUUGGAGUCCUGAAUCAGAAGCUUUAUUUUUGGGAAAUUAUGGUAUAGGUUUCUUUACAGACCUCUUAAAAAACUAAGUAGGAUGGCAGCUAGUAAAUCUCAUUCAUGGUGGUGGAACAGCUAUAUCAGUCCAAGAAAUUCAAAAUGGUUGUCUGAAAGUCUUCAAGAGACUGAUCGCUUGGUUAAUGCAACGCUGAAACUGAUUGAAGAGGAUGGUGAUUCAUUUGCAAAAAAGGCUCAGAUGUACUACCAGAGGCGACCUGAGUUAAUUGCCCAUGUUGGGGACUUUUACCGCAUGUACCGUGCGCUUGCAGAGCGGUAUGAUCAUGUAAUUAGUGAUAUCUCCAAGAAUAUUCCCACUGAACUCCAAUCUCAAGGUUCAGUUAAUGGUUCUGAAUUUGGCACAGAAGCAACUUCACUAUCUGUAACUUCCUCCCCAGACCGAACAUCAGAACAUAAGCUGAACCAUCUCAAGCCACAUUGGAAGUCUUCUAGCUUUGAAUUAUUCCUUGGGAAUGGGGAAAGAUAUGAUCACUCUAAAAAGGGUUGUGAUGAGUCAUCAUCAGAAUCUAGUUCUUACUGUGAUAAUGGCAAUGUUAUAGAUGAUUUUGAGAACUCUUCUAAGCUGGAAGAAAGGAUAAUUGAAUUGGAGCAAGAGCUUUGUGAAGUAAGGGAGAAGCUUCACAAAUAUAAGAUUGGACACGAAGAACAGUGUGAAGAUUUGGUUAACAAUGAACAUUUAGAUUUAUCUUUAACAACUUCAUCCUUUGAUAACCAACCUGUAGUUGCUAAUAAGAUCUUCAUGGAGUUGGUGAAACAAAUUGAAAGAUUUCAAGCAGAUUUACCGGAUAGUAAAGAAGAGGUUGAAAAUCUCAAAGAUGCAAUGGAGGCUGCUGCUAAUCAGUUCGAGAUUGAAAUUUCGUGCAGGAACAAUAUUAUUAUUAAGUACAAGACAUGGCUUGAUGAGGUAUUGAAAAAGUUUGAAAACGAUGAAGCUGAGCAGAUUUCAGAACACAGAUCAAGCCUAGAGAUCAAAACUGUGGAGCAAGAGGAAAUGAUUAAGGAACCGAAGGCCUUGGCGACACAAUCUUCUAAUCAGCUUCUAGAAGAGAAGUCUUUGCUGGAAGCUAAAAUUUCCAUACUUAUGGCCUCAAGCAGUUCCUACCAGUCAAAGAUUCAGUUUUUUGAGGAACGGGUAAAGCAGUUAGAAGCUGAGAAUAGUGAAGUAUGCAUGGAGAGUGAGAAGCAGAUAAGUGAACUAAAUCAAAAUCUUUAUAAAUUUAAGAUGAAAAUUGACAUGUUGACAUUAGAGAAAGAGGAGCUCAAUUCUGAAGUGAUCAGGCUUAUUGAGGAUAUUGAAACUUGGGAUGAUGAGUCUCGUAAGAUCGAUGAACAACUGCGUGAGCUGCAAUUAGAGCACGAGAAGCUAAUCCAAGAAGUUGAGGAUGCACGAAAAGCCUCAAUGGAGCUAACAAAUAGAGUAAGGGAGCUUGAAGAAGAGGUGGAAACGCAGAGGGGAGUGAUUAUUGAUUGUGCCGAGGGGAAGAGGGAGGCUAUCAGGCAUCUUUGCCUCUCUCUGGAGCACUAUCGUGAUGGGUACCAGCAGCUACGGCAGAUUCUACGGAUGAAAUUCAAAGGCCUGCAAUCAUAGCUAAGUAAAAAGCUUUUGUUUGGCGUUAAAGCUUCCAUCUUUGCACCUGGUACUUUCUUCUACCUGGUUAAUGUAGUUUCUUCUGAAGGAAAAGCUGAGCAGAAAGUUCUUUUGGUUGCGUUUGUCUGAGCAUAUGUGGGUUGAAAGUCCUGUCUGCUUUGUAUCAACCUAUACUUUUUUGAAGGAGAAGCUUAUUGUUAUUUGAAGCGGCGGUCGCAGUGGCUCUAAGAUGAAACUUUGCAAGAUUAGAAAGGAUUUUAGGCUUCGUUUGGGACGGUUUUUUUAUUGCUUCUUGAAGCAGCUUUUUAGUAUAAAAAUUAAAAUUUUUUUACUAAAAAGCUGCUACAAGAAACAGUAAAAAAGCCGUCCCAAACAGAGCCUUAAUGAGUUUUCUCGCAUGUUAUCCGGAAAGAUCAGUAUUUCAUUUCAAAAAGGUUUGUUACUCGUUAAUAUCUUCAUAGUUGAUUUUGGCAAUGCUGAGUUUUUAUAUGAAUAA